GCCAAUACCAUCGUCAUUGAUAUUAAAUUGGUGAAAACACUUGGUGCACCGUCUACCCACUUUUCUAUGGUCUUGGCUACGUCUUUUUGUGUUGACUAAGAAAUUGUCUCGCUUGUGCUUCACUAUAUUAUAAUACUUAUGUUGGCACAAAGUUGUUUGCUUGCCAUUUGGAUACACGGUAUGUUAAUGUUCCAGUUACUCGGCAUAUAUCAUCAUAGUUCUGUCGUGCGCAGGGUCUUUCAAACUGUGCGAGAGACCGUGCGCACGACAACUGCCAAAAAAAAUUGUCGUUGCGCGAGAUCAGAUUUUGUCGUGCGCGGGUCUUUCAGGCUGUGCAAGAGACGGUGCGCACGACAACUGCGGAAUACUAAACUACCAAAAAAAAUGUCGUGCGCGAGGUCAAUUUUUGUCGUGCGCGUAGUAAUUCCCAAUAGAAAUAUCAACAAUUGCUCGAUCCAAUCCUACUUUGCAUAUACAUGGUACAGCAACAAUAACGUCUAUUGUAUUUCUGAUCAGCAAAUCUUUGAUAUAUGAUGAAAAGACACUGUAUAUGUGCAUGUGUUGUUUUGAGACGGGGCUGGAUGAAUGUGUACGUAUGUA